AGCUCGCAGAAAAGAAAAACAAUUCUUUUGCUCCUUGCUUUUCUAGUCUACAAUGCUUUCACGAACGUUUCUUAUUGUCGCCUCUGGCGCGCUGAUGGGCACUGCUUUGCUAGUAUUGGCAGAUGGUGCCGUCAUGGCAUCGAGAGCGAGCUUGCCGUACAAUUUUCUCAUGUGGCUUCCUUUUCUGACAGCGCUUAUGGGGACUUUCGUUCUACUCUUUGUUAACCCGGCACACAUUUUGAAUCCAGAUUCUGAUGUAGAUGAUGAAGAUGCUGUCAAGAAAGGGAAGAGUAUGUUUUUUGUCGGAACUCUUCUUUUGUUUGCGUCAAUAUGUCUCUCAGUUUGGAAAGCGGUCGACCCUUAUGGAAACAGCAAGACUACGUGGCCAGGAGCCGCGUUGCCCAUUGUUUCACUGAUUGUUCUGCUUAUGAACGUUACACUUUUUAGUGCACGUACUCAUCCCGAUGGGCUUUAA